AUGGUUCGCACUGUGCAGUGGCUUGUGGCUGCUGCCAGCGUUGCACAGGUCCUCGCUACUCCACACAGCCUUGUGCGCCGCCAGAACUCUUUACCAAUCGAGAAUUGUCCAGGAUACAAGGCUACCAAUGUUCAACAGAACAGCCAAGGAUUGACUGCCGAUCUCACUCUCGCAGGUCCAGCAUGCAACACAUACGGUCAAGACAUUGAGAAUCUAAAGCUCGAGAUCACUCAGGAGACUGGAGAUAGACUGCAUGUCAAGAUCUAUGAUGCCGACGAGAACGUCUACCAAGUUCCCGAGUCCGUCCUUCCACGCCCAGGUGCAGAUGGAAAUGUCUCCUCUACAGCCAAUCAGCUUGUUUAUGACGUUGUCAACGACCCAUUCUCAUUCUCAGUGUCUCGCCGUAGCGGUGAGCAAGCUCUGUUCAACACUACCGGAGCUGAACUCGUAUUCCAGUCUCAAUACUUGAGGGUUCGCACUCAGCUUCCCGAAAGUCCUCAUCUCUAUGGACUUGGCGAGCACUCUGAUCCAUUCCAGCUGAACACCACGAACUAUACACGAACUCUCUGGUCUCGUGAUGCUUACUCUAUUCCUGGCGGCACCAACUUGUAUGGAAACCAUCCAGUCUACUUUGACCAUCGGGGUGCGGAUGGCACGCACGGUGUUUUCCUAUUGAACAGCAACGGCAUGGAUAUUAAGAUCAACAGCACUGCAGAAGCUGGCCAGUAUCUCGAAUACAACACUAUUGGCGGCAUUGUCGACCUCUAUUUCUUGGCUGGUCCAUCUCCUACUGAAGUUGCCAAGCAGUAUGCUGGAGUGGUUGGUUUGCCGACAGAGAUGCCAUAUUGGGGUUUCGGCUUCCACCAGUGCAGAUAUGGAUACCAAGAUGUGUAUGAAGUCGCUGCUGUAGUCGCCAACUAUAGUGCUGCAGACAUUCCCUUAGAAGUCAUGUGGACUGACAUAGACUACAUGGACAGUCGACGUGUCUUCACUACAGAUCCUGAACGCUUCCCUCUGGACAAGAUGCGAGAAUUGGUCUCUACCCUGCACGCUAGACAGCAGUCCUAUAUCGUCAUGGUCGAUCCUGCCGUUGCCUACUACAACUACUCAGCUUUCAACAAUGGUGUCGAAGCAAACGCCUUCCUGAAAAGGUCGAACGGCUCAAUCUAUCAAGGCGUCGUCUGGCCUGGCGUUACAGCUUUCCCUGAUUGGUUCGCAAGUGGCACUCAAGAAUAUUGGGACAAUGAGUUCACCACUUUCUUCAAUGCUGAAACUGGUGUCGAUAUUGAUGCUCUGUGGAUUGAUAUGAAUGAGGCUAGUGAUUUUUGCACUUGGCCGUGCAAUGAUCCAUUCGGGUAUGCUGCUGCUAAUGGGUACCCUCCUACCCCUCCAGCAGUCAGGGCAAAUGCAGGAUAUCCCAUCCCUGGCUUCCCAGUCGAUUUCCAGCCAGGCUCAACAUCACGAAAGGCUAAGCGUCAAUCAAACGCUACCACCUCGCAUCUAGGUCUACCGGGCAGAAAUCUGAUUGAUCCACCAUACACUAUCAACAACGCCGCCGGGAGCUUGUCUAACAAGACCAUCGAAACUGAUCUCUACCAUGAGAACGGUUUGACCUUGUACGACACUCACAACCUCUACGGUACUAUGAUGUCAAGUGUCAGCCGAGACGCAAUGCUGGCUCGCAGGCCAACAAGAAGACCAAUGGUUAUCACUCGUAGUACAUUCGCGGGUGCCGGCCAUCACGUGGGACAUUGGCUCGGUGAUAAUUCUGCUGGCUGGCCAUGGUACAGGGUGUCAAUUGCCCAAAUGCUGGAGUUUGCUGCCAUCUUCCAGUUGCCUAUGGUGGGUAGUGAUGUCUGUGGUUAUGCGGGCAAUACUUGGCCCGAACUGUGUGCUCGAUGGGCCAUGCUCGGUGCCUUCUACCCCUUCUACCGUAACCAUGCAGAAGUUGGCUCCGUGAACCAUGAAUUCUAUCGCUGGAAUCUCACCACAGUCGCUGCUCAAAAGGCAAUCGACACGCGUUACAGACUGCUCGACUACCUCUACACAGCGUUCCACGAGCAGACUGUGACUGGCAAGCCGUUGAUCCAGCCCUUGUUCUUCGUCUAUCCAGAGGACUCCAACACGUUCCCCAUCGAGCACCAGUUCUUCUGGGGCGACAGCAUCCUGGUUAGUCCUGUCGUGGACGAUAACAGUACGAGUGUCACCUUCUAUCUCCCUGAUGACAUCUUCUACGACUACUUUACCUACCAACCUGAGCGCGGAACGGGCAACUGGGUGACUCGCGAUAACGUCGACUUUACUGAGAUUACUGCCCACAUCCGCGGUGGCAGUAUUCUACCUCUCCGUCAGAAUUCUGCCAACACAACCACCGAGCUUCGAAAGCAAGAUUUCGUCCUCAUCAUCGCACCUGAUCUCGAGGGCAAGGCAAGUGGAACACUGUACUUAGACGAGGGCGAUGCCAUCGAGCAGCCCAAGACGAGUCUUAUCACCUUCAGCUACGCAAAUGGUACCUUCGCUAUGGGCGGCAGCUUUGGCUACCCUACCAACGCCAGCGUUGUGAGCCUCACUGUGCUGGGACAGGGUAGCAAUGUGACAACAGCUGCUCGUAAGAGGGAUUCGAGCAUUGUGGUUGACGCGAAGAGAAACAUGAUUACCAAGAAACUCAGUGUGCCGCUGACCGAGUCGUUUGUCACACCUUUAUGUCAGGAAUGCGAAGCGUAG